CCACCCAUGCAUCCAGAUGUUCUCCAUCAUUUUAAUAUUUUUUUUUUUACCCCCAAACUUUUGCCAUGCACGUCUCGUGCAGCUCUGAGAGGUAACGUGCAUCACCUCUCCCAUCUGCUGGUCGCUCCUGCCGCGCAUGCGCGGUGGCGCCUCUCCAUCAUUUCCAAUAUCCCAAUGUAGGAGAACCAGCAGCGGCAGAGGGAACUAAUGGGCAGGCUUCUUAUUCUUAUUUUUCCAGAGGUCAGAAACGCACCGCCGCUCGCCUGAUUCACUGUUUCGGCGCCGGUGUGAAUUCGCUGGGAUGCCCGGGAACCAUGGGAAUACCACUACCCAACUGCGUUUGGGAACCAAUAUGUUGAAUACAGUCUAAUUGUCCAACUGAGGGACUGUAUCCAGGGCGGCAAAACAUUAAUCAUAAAAGACCUUCCCGUGAAAGCACAGCGCUCGCCGGCUCCCGACUUCACAUUUUCAGCCAGCAUCUUCCCGAGUCGGAUGGCUCUAAACGACAAGAUGCAGUAAUGGAAGUCCAUGCAGCAUUCAGCACCGUAGCCAUGAAGCAGCUCAAAGGGUAGGGUCUGCCGUGAGCUCGCCUCACCCUACCUACCCGACCACCCCAUCAGCUCCGCCCGAGAGCAGAAUCCUACGUUCGAGCAUAACCCACCCAUCUCUGCAAACCUUCCCACCACCACCAACCCUUCCACCUCUUCCUCCUCCUCCACCACCACCACGGCAUUGGAAGACGAACAUGACGUGCAUUGCGAAGACACUGGUUGAUGUCUGAUAUAUAUACCUCUGAGGUGUCGAGCGUAAAACCAGUGGAGCAAUGAAUGGCGGAAAGGACUGUGAGGCGGGGGAUGAGAGGCAGGCUGUCCCUGUCCAGGUCCCCAUUGGCUGGCAGCGAAAGGUGGAGCAUGGCGGCGGGGUCAUAUACAUGAGUCCCAGCGGCUCGUUGCUGUCCAGCUUGGAGCAGGUGAAGACCUACCUGCUGACAGAUGGAACCUGCAAAUGCGGCCUGGAGUGCCCACUCAUCCUCCACAAGGUGUUCAACUUCGACCCAGGGGCAGCUGUCAAGCAGAGGACGGCGGAGGACGUGAAAGCAGAUGAAGACGUCACCAAACUCUGCAUUCACAAGAGGAAGCUUCUGGCUGUGGCCACACUGCACAAGAGCAUGGAGACACACCCACCUCUGACGCUCACCAGCCCAGGGGGAGGUACAUCAUCUGUGGUCACUGCGCAUUCCAACACUCAACGAGCAAUAAGGACUAAACCCCAUGAUGGCCUGCCCAAUGCUGCUGGCCCAGACUGCAAGAAUCCUUUCAAGAUGAUGAUGGCAGUCGGACAGCAGCAGCAAAGGCUGUAUCCACCCCAGGAGAUGGGUGGAGCCCAGCAACCAGAGCUCUACUCUGGGUACCCCAGGCCACAGAGGCUUGGCAGUGGGGAGCCGGGCCCCAAAUCCCCUUACCGGGUUGGGUAUGGAGGCAUGCUGAGUCCACCUCCCUCCAGUGCUAAGCUGUAUGGAGAUGGCUCACAGUCUCCCAGUGCAGACACUCUAGGCAGCCCUGAGGGCUUUCCAAGGACCAAUCCUUGUGGGUUUCCAGGAGCCGGCAGUCCCGGUUCAGCCUCCAUCCACGGGAACACUAGGACGCCUCUUUCCCCACCCAGUGUAUUGCUCCAUGGCUCCCCCGUGAGCCAGCCAUCCUGCGCCAUGACAGGGAGGACUAGCACGCCCCUCUCCCCGACGGCCACUGCCAAAAGCCCUGUCAUGAACAUGAACAUGCCCCGGGGGAACUUCCCCCCUGGUAUGGAUAUGCCUCGUGCAGCAUUUCAUCAUAAAACACAGCCCCCAGUGCAUCCCGUACCACCUGCUUCAUCCAUACCACCAUCCUGUGCCCUUCAGAAAAGGCAGUUGACCUCUGAAAAAGACCCCUUAGGCAUCCUGGACCCCAUCCCCAACAAGCCAGUCAGCCAGCCCCCCACCAAUGCCCAAAACCCCUCCAACUUCCAGCCUAACAUCCACUCUCAGGUACCAAUGAUGAAUGUAAACAUACCCCCUCCCGCCAUUGUUCCCUUGCCAAGCAACUUACCUUUACCCACAGUGAAGCCUGGGCCUGUGGGGCAUGGCGGCCAUGUUCAAAGGACUCAACAGGGUGGUCCGGCUUCCUCAAUGUCCCCCUCCCCUGUCACUUCCCCUGUCCACAUGGCCGGGCCUGCCCUCGGGAGAAUGGAGGCCUCCCCUCAUCGCUCACGCUCUUCCUCCACCUCCUCUGACCACGGGAACUUUGCAAUGCCCUCGGGGCACCAGGCCCCAUGUGGCACCAUGAAGGUCCCACCUCGUUCCCCCAGGUCGGCUAUGGGUUCUCCCAGGCCAGCCAUGCCCUCCAGCCCCUCCACCAACAAAAAUGACCCACUCCACCAGUACAAAGACUCCCAACUGCUGCCCGGGAUGGGGAACUCAAUUGGCACCCAGCAGCACAGCAACCCCAUGUACUCACCCACCUCUUCCUCCUCGUCAUCUUCUUCUCUGGCAACCCCCAGCGCUUCCCAGAAGGGCCACCCAGGACUCCUGGGCAUGCCCCUCAAUCAGAUCCUCAACCAACAGAAUGCAGCUUCCUUCCCCGCCAGCAGUCUCUUGUCAGCCGCAGCCAAAGCACAGCUAGCAAAUCAAAACAAACUCAGCGCUGCUGGCAACAGCACUGCUGGCAUGGCUGGUGGUGGUGUUGGUAUGGCAGGCAUGGGGACAGGUGGAGGAGGUAACGGCGGAGGUGGCGGGCACCCUGGCUCUAUGGGCGGCCCUCGAGGCAUGGAAGGACACAGCACUUUAAACCCAAUGCUCCCGCCAAACUCCACCAUGCUGCUCAACACUCCUGAGGGCCAGAGCGGUCGGGCGGCUCUUAGAGACAAGCUCAUGGCCCAGCAGAGGGACCCCAUGCGCAAACGGAGGCAGUCGUCAGGCAGCACCACUGUAAACCACGACAACAGUAACAACAUGGUCUACAACAUGCUUAACAAACGAGGCAUGGGAGGACCCCACAUGCCAGGACCAAGCGCCACUGAGCAACUGCGAAAAGUGGGCCGACUUGGAAACCUUCCCCCAAACACAUCCAUGGCUCAGCUCCUUCAGUCCAUGAGCUGCCAGAGCUCCCACAACCUGGCCGGGAACAGCCAUCGCCCAGGUCUUAGCCCCGGCCAAGGGCCCGGUCCGCAAGGAGCUGCACAGCUGCACUACAACGACAGCACAGGUAUGGUCACUGGUGGCCCACAGCAGAGCCUCCUAGCUCAGCAGAGACUGCGCGGUCCAGGAGAUGCCAUGCAGCACUGCCAGACCAUGGACACCUCUGGGGGCCAUCUGGGCUCUCGUCCAGGCCAGUUCCCUGAUAUGAUGGCCCAGAUGCAGGCCUCCUCUAUGAGUAACUGUGGGCCCAUGGGGCCAGGAGGAGGUGGACCGGUGGGUCCUGACGGCAUGCCGCUGGGACGCCCCAACACUAACCCUCCACCACUGUCCCAUCCUGGCCCCCACCCCUCGCAGCAGAACCUCCUUCACGGUAUGGGGCGGACUAACUUGGUGGUGAUGCCACAUGGAGGUGGUGAUGGAAGCUGUACACAGACCAUCGCUGAUACAGGAAACCCCUCAUCCCUCGUCUGUGGUAUGGGCGGCCUGCAGCCACACGUCACCACCGGCGGAGGUCAGCUGUACCAGCAGCAGGUCCACCAGGGCAUGCAGCAGGGGGUGUCCUCCCACCCAGGCUACCAGGGACAGCAGCACUUCUCUGACAACGCACCCUACACAGACAGCAACAACACUAACCCUGGCUCCAUGGCCUGCCUCUACCAGAACUACCAGCAGGGGAUGUUGUCGCACCCACAGUUCGGGGAGGGGCAACAGCCCCAAGGCGAGGGGCUUCCAUCAGGUUCUGACAGGGGCCCUGGCGGAGGCCCAGAGUCGGUGGACGCCAUCUACAGAGCAGUGGUAGACGCUGCCAGCAAGGGCAUGCAUGUUACCAUAACCACCACCGUGAGCGGGACCACACAGGCGAGUCCGGUGCCUGCCCUCAGUGCCAUGAGUGCCUUCACUGCCUCCAUAGGAGACCCCGUCAACCUCCCGAAAGCAGUUAGCACAGUCCUGCACGGGCACCAGGAAGGGGAGGCGUUAACACAGCAGGCCAGGCCGAGGCAGGUGAGGCUGGGACGAGGUCAGAAGAACAUGGAUCCAGGGAAAAGCACGCCAGACAACCACGAUGCCAACGACUACUUCCGUUCUCCUGGACGUGGGACUCCACGGGGGCAGUGGGACGGGGAGACGCAGCACGGAGGAGGCUUUGACACUCACAGCAACAACAGUGCCUGGGGUGGCGAGGAGUUUCUGGAGUGCUCUACACAAGUAAGGAGUAGUCCCUGCAUGGAGCGACCCGCCAGCCUGGCACCUGCCCCACCCUGCCCCACAGAGGGGUCCAACGACCAUGGCCUGGCCAUGGCCCACGAAAAGGCCUUUCUCGAUGAUGGCUAUCGCUUCAACAACUGUAGUCGGACACCAGCUAACUACAAGGAGCGUCUGGAGCAAACGGUGGAGCGUUGCGCCCACAUCAACGGCGUCACCCCCCAUUUCAACACCCGGGGUUACGGAGAAGUCCUCGGCCCUCCACGGCAAGAGCUGACGGGGGACGACCAGUCACCCAGCUCCUCCACUAGCCUGGAAGGACCUCUGGCCACAGCCAAAGACUACAGCCACUACAACGGCCACUUCAAUGGUAUGGCGCCCAGCCCCUCGGACACAAAGAGCCUGAGCAGCGAGGAGGACCUGCGGCAGCCGGACUCGCCCUCCUCAGAGCUGCUACACUACCGGUCCAGGACCUUCAACAUGGGAGAGCUGGUCUGGGGCCAGCUGAAGGGCUUUCCACCCUGGCCUGCCAAGCUGGCCGGGGACGAACAAGUGCACAGCGCUGCUAUGCAGCUGCGAGAGCAGGCCAAGGUAGAGCCAGAGAAACUAAAAACACUAACUCACGACUUAGAGGCACUUGACCGAGCCGCCAAAAGAGGCCUGAAACCGGUGAAACUGAAUAAUCACUUGGAAGCUGCUAUCCACGAGGCCAUGAGUGAGCUGGAUAAGAUGUCGGGCACAAUCCCAUCGAGGGAUCGUCAGGUGAAGCUCCCCAAGCCUAAGAGGAGGAAGAUAUCCAGAUAACAUUGAAUGUGUCGGCCCAAGAACGUCCUCAAAGCCUUUCGGAGACUUCGUCCGUUCAGCCUUGAUGCGAUCUGAGCUCUCUAACAGGUGCUACACAUGGACUUUCAGUGGUACAUCCAUGAUAUAUCAACUUGACUUAAAUGACUGACCACAGAAGGUGCUGGAAAAUCCAAUCACCAAUACAGUUUUAACUGUAGAAGAUGGAAAAAAGAGAAAAAAACAGAGAAAAACGUCAAAAACGGUUGCAAUUUGUCUACAGCUCACUGAAUUAACUAUUUUUUUCUAGUAUAAGAUAGUAAAACAAACAAAAAAAGCUACAAGCAUUACCUUACAUAUUUAAGAAAAAUAGACAGUCCAAAUAUUUCUGAUACAUUUUCAAUAUGUAUAUAGAUAAUCCUGAAAUUUCAUGCUAUUAAGAAUUGUAUGUAAAUAUUGUACAAUGUCAUGUACAAGCAUACCUAAUGCACAUUUUAUCUUUUAUUGUACAAAAACAAAGCAGAAGUGUACCAAUGUCUUGGUUUCUAUUCAGAAGUGCGGUUGCAUACGAACCGCAUGCAUAGGAUAAAUAAGAAUACAGCCUAAAGCUUUUAUAUGACGAACUGUAAGACGUGCUGUUUUUUUGUUUGUUUUUUGUUUGUUUGUUCGUUUUGUUUUAUUUUGUAAGGGAACAGCAGUGGAACAGGCAUGAGUAUAUGAGUUCUCCAUUACAAACCAGUUCAAGUGUUCAUUAGUAUUGGGGAAACAAACUAACAAAAAAGACGAAAAAAACAAUACAGAAUGAACUUUACCAGCAGAAAGUGUUCAACGUUCUCCCCCCGGAGUAAGGCGGGGAAAUGACGAGCGAGCGAGCGAGCGGCCGGACGAAUGUUGGUAAAUCUUCAUCUGCUCCACCAGCUCCGGUUGGCAGGUGGUUUAUUUCUUUCUGUCUUUGUUUUUUUUGGGGGUUUACCAAUCUUUGUGACUGGCAGACAGACAAAAGGAAGUUGGUUACCUGCCGAUUCAAGAAGGAAAAAUCCACCUUGAGGCACUUUGAGCUGUGAUUUUGUGUCGAAGCAGUGUCCAGCGCCCUCAUGAGUUAGUCAAGCGACAGAAAUAAUUCGUUCACUGGGUGCAGUUUCUGAAAAACAAGGAUGAAGCAGCUUUCUCUGUUAAAAAACCUUAAAAGUUUGGCAAGGUGCAUGAAAAAUUACCAAAUCUGGGCUCUACCUUGCCUGUUUUUUUUUUUAGCUUUUAAUUGACCAAAUAAUUGAUUGAUUCCUCAAAAAUCCUAUCACUUUUAUCCUUUUUGUUACUGGUUUUAUGAUAAGCACCAUUUGUGUUUACAAACUGCUCUGUAAGUCAGAAGAAGUGGACCCUGAACGCGACAUAAAAUCACCACUAAGAUUUUCUGGGGUGGAUUUUUCCUUCAACUACAACCACGAGUCACAGGCUGCAUCGACGAAUUUUGUCAUUUGGUUGUUGUGAUUAUGUUCUCAUGCUCGUUUGUACAGUUUCUUUUCUCUCUCCAUGACUGUAGUCGUUUCUUGCCACAACGAUAGCUUUAGGUAGAGUAACCAACCUCAGAGGCAGAGUCUAGAUUAUCAUGAGGAACACUAACUCGAGCGGUGGAAGCAUUUCUCUCAUUUUAGGGGCCUUGUGUUUUGUUUUUUGUUUUUUUGCUUAUUGAUGUAAAUUAUUUAUGUACAGUACUCCAUAUUUAUUUUAAGCUUUACAAAUAUGCUAGAUGGCAAUAAUACUACCAAGAGUUGAGAACUCAAGCCUUAUAUGUGUAUAUGUAUGUUUGUUUUUUUAACAGUGAAUAGAUAUGUAUUCAGAGUCCAUUACAAAGGUCAUGUUCAUUUAAGAAGUGAGCAUUACAGAUAACACUCUUUCUUUUUUUUACAGUGAGGUUUUCUGAUCUCUUUUUGUUACACAAUGUGUCAUGGAUUUCUUCGUUAAAAGGAGAGAAAACGUCAUGACGUCUGCCGACGAGACCAUACUAUUUAUGAAUAUGCACAUCCGAGAAGGCAGACGAGCGGUUUAACACUACUAGCUAUCGAAAUCAUCACUUGAUGAGUCUUAACGAUGAUGCACACUAUUGGAAAACUCUGGAUCAACUCACACAGCUGCUCCUCCAGAUCAAAAAACCAACUGACUGACCGACGACCUGAAAUCACUACAGAAUUAUCAAGUGCAAUAUACCAAUCGACGGCAACGAUCAACAGCUCACAAACACUGCAUCUCUUCAUUGUUUCGUACACACUUGGGACUGUAAUUAGUUACAAAUACUCUCCACUGACGUGCUCAUCUUCAUCAUGUCCUAACCUAAGAGCCAUGAAGUAGUAAUUUAUUUGUAGCUUUACCUGUUUGUGUUUUGUUUUGUUUUUUUACACACAGCUGUUACACCCAGACUAAAUCUAAACUUAAAAAUGCCGCAAAUGACUUUUCAAUCAGAAUGACACGACUUUAUAAAGAGAUUUUCUUUCUGUAAACGCCGUUAUUAAAACGUAUCCACCCUUUUACGUCAAACUCCAUGAGUCACAGCCAAGUAAACAAUUUCAUCUUCACGUGUACACACUUUUGAGAACCUUUAAACUUUAAGUUGUACUGUACUUAUUACAAAACGUUUCUUUUUUUUUUCUUUAUUUGCCGUGUGCGCACAGAAAAACUGGAGGACAUUUUGGAAAAAGCACUGAAAAAUAUCAGUAUUUAAAGGUAAAUAUUACACAUCCUGGAAACCCUUAAGAACUUGUUGGAAGAAAUGUCCCCGUUUUUCAGUGCACACACUUUCAAGGAACCUCAAAGUUGACUUUUUACUGUAAAUCCGUGGCGAGGAAAUCCUCCGGCCGUUUUUCAAAAUGUGACGUUCGGUGUCGAGAACACUCUUUCGGUAAAGUUCAUUCUGCCUUCCCCCCUUCCCCUUUAUCCCCCUUCCUGUUUUUUGUGCAAUGACAUGCAGGAACCCGGUCUCACGUUGGGAACCCAUGUGUUAUGGAUCUGUUAUAUCAGUUUCAUGUUAUUUGUGGUCAAGAGUUCAAAGCAUUUUUUGUGUUUGAGGUGGUCUGUGCAGUCUAUUUUUUAUUUUAUUUUCCUCCUCCUCGCCUGUGAUUGUGUGUGUGUGUUGAGGUGUGAGUGAUUUUUAUUUUAUUUUUCCUCUUUUAUUUUGGUGUUUGUUUUCUGCUCUUUUGAAUCUCAUUUCUCUUUUCCACCCUUUCGUUGUCAGUAUUUGAUUUUUUUCAACUUGUAAUUAAGUAUAUAUUUUCUCACUAAUAUAUACUUUACAAAAAAUAGACUUGCGUGAAGUAUGAUGUGCACUUGAUUGCUCUUGUUUAUUUUUCUUUUUUGCAUUAAUGUGGGCUAGGGAUAGUUUGUCAGAGUCCAUUAUUUUGAGAUUGUUUGGACUUUUUUUUUUUAAUGGUUUGAUGUAAGCAGCAUUUUUUGUAAAUAUUGUGAAACAUUACAGGUCAUGCAGUGAUGUAACAUUUUGAACAAUGUUGCACAGAUGUUUAAGAUAUUAAAAACAUGGUCACUCUUACUUGAAUAA